AUGUGGUUAAGUAACUUCUUUACUAAAACAAAAAGCAAUGAAUGUGAGGACAGCAUUGACAAAGAUAUCGUUGACGAGGAAUCAAUUAAUAAUCCAUCAAACCAUGAAGAGGAACCAGUAAUUAAUGAUUUGAAAAAAAGAGUUGAACGCGUAAAAAUAAUAUACGCAAAAUUACAAACAUUACAAAAUAAACAAGAUUUAAAUUUAAACAACUGUAUAAAUACCGUGCAAGAAAAAAACGUCCAAUACACGUCUAUGAAUGAAAAUGAAAACAAUUUAGAAAUAAAUAAUUGUAAAAUAGAGGAUGUCCUAAGUAUUAUACCAAUUAUAGAAACAAAUCUACAAACACUCACUGAAAAAGUGUCUUGUUUAUCUGGCUUAAUUGAUGCAAAACAGCUCAAUUCUAAAAUAGAAACUGACCAAAAUAUUAUUACAAACAAUUCUGAUAUAAAUAAUGUUUCAAACUCUGUAAACAAGUCGAACAGCAUUGAGGAUAGAAUGACACUGUCAAUUAGUGAUACUUUACUGGGAAUAGAUUCUAAAGAAAAUAUAAAAACGCUUGAAAAUAAACAAAGUGUUAAAAUAAAAGAAAAAGAAACUGAUCAAAACAAACAAAUAACGGAUAAAGAAAACGUAUCUGAGUACAGUGUUAAGUCAGUUGACCAAUUGGCCAAUUUAGAUAGCCAAUUAGAAUCAUUUUUUAAAAAUAUACAGUCAGCUCUGACUCAAUACAAAAUUGACCAAAUACAAGAAAAAUUGGAAAUCAUGGAUAAUCUAUCCAGGCUGGAGAAUAAAAUUAACAUUAACUAUACGAAAAUGGAUAAAUUAAUGUCCAAUGUUGAAAACUUUAGUAAAAUAAACGAUCCUAUUAAACAAGUCUUUAUGAAAAACCAAUCAAGUAGCGAAGAAAUAGAAAAAAAAUAUUUACUGCAAAAAAGUAAAGACGAUAUCAAAGUUUGUGUUGAUAACUUUAUAAAACCAAAUCCUAAUAAUUUGAAACAAAUGCAAUCAAUUAUUACUUCUGAUAAUUCAAUCACGAACACAGAUAUUAAUAGCACAUGUAAAAUGAAUCGAUGUGUUUGCCAAUUAAUAGAUAAUAUUAAUGCUGCUAGUACACAAAUAACAAAUUCACACGAUGAUAAAAAUCAAAUAAAAUGCGAUGGUAUUAUUUUAUCUGAAUUUUUAAAAACAAAGCUAAAUUUUGAAAGGAUUGAAGAAGACAAUUUUCAAUCCAAAAUACUACAAUUAAAUCAGUUAACGAAUCAAAUCGACGACAAAAAAAAUAGCUAUUUAUCAGAAUGUUCAAAAAAAUCAAAUCGCCUUUCAAAUAGUUGUGAUGUAAAUCAGAUCAAUGACCAAACAACUAGCCAUUUGUCAUUAUGUUUAAAAACAUCAAAUCUUAUAAAAAAUAAUGGUGUCACUAAAAAAGAUGAAGAACAAAAUAUUAAACGUUUAACCGUGUGUCAUAAACAAUCCAUUCAUAAUUUUUUUAAAAUUGGUAUUGAAGACGACACAAAAUCAAAUCAACCGAUUACAAAGGAAUCAGUUGGUGAAGAAUGCAAUAUUUGUGAUUUUCUUUCCUCUCAGCCAAUUCCAAAUUGGAUAAGACUAAACGAGAAUGUCGUUGCAUCAGAUAGUCUAUGCGAGAAUGAUGAUAAUAAAUUAUCAACAACAAAUUGCAAUUUAAAUGUCAUGAAGUGUUAUAAUAUUGAACGAAUAAUAAAAGACAAUCAUGACAAAAAUAAUAGAAAUAAUAUAGUUUACGAAAUUAAACGGAAAUCCGAACUUUUUUCAUAA